CCUCUGGUGCCUCCUUUGUAUCUUCAAGCUCAUCAACCUUCAACUCAAGCAGCAUUAGAAUUGUCAUCCAUACAAAAUACAUACCAAAAGUAUAAAAGCACACUGACCAGAUUUUUAGGGACAAUGCAACGCCCAAUUGCUCAGCAUUAUACCCAAAUUUUGUUUGCAACCUCCCUUAGCCCCGCUUAGCUGCAUAUGCUGUAUUGUGAUUUUCUCUAAGGCCUCUUGAACUGCCCUUCAUAAAUACAUCCUACACCGGCAGGAGAAUGCAAGUUGAACUUGGGAUCCACAUCAUCAACUUUUCUUUAUAUUUCUGCCACUUUAAGAGACUUAAUGAAUUAUGCAAAGAAGAUAUUGAAUUAGGUUACGCUUAGGAACUGGUGUACAGCUCACUACCAGUUUUUUUGCUGACAUACUUCUCUAAGCGCCAUUUGGUGAAAAGAAACCUAUGCUACAACUUGCAGCUAAUGCAUGAAAACAUUCAGAUUAAAAAAAAAAGAAUUAACCAAGCAUAAAAAUAUCUUUGUAUCAUGGGAACUCCAAUAUAGAUGGAAAAAGACAAAACUUGUUCAUAGACUCCUAACUAAAGCAAGAUUUUUUUAUGUAAUAUGAUUCUUACUGGUUCAUAGUUACAGCUAUUUAUAAUAAUUGGUAAUAAAAAAUCUCGAACCUUUUGGGACGAAACCGAUUCCAAGACAUCAUCUUCGAAGAUGCUGAAAACAAUUAAAAGAGGAACCAUGAUUUGUAAACUAUAUAGCCCAAAGGUACAUCUUUGAAGAAUUGAUCUAGAACCAAAUUAUCGAAACAAAAACCCAGAAGGUUAUCUCUAAAUUCUAAAAUAAUCUAUACCUUUACAUUUCAAGAAAUUGCGUUUGGUAGAGGGCGGAUAUGGUGGGAUGAAGAAGUGUUGGAGGAGGAGCCUUCAUAUCACCACAGCAAGAACUUCAACAGCUCCAAAUGUUCUAGAACUACCAACAAACAGAGAUUGAGUUUGUGAACGAUUUCAAAACGCAUCAGCAUCUUGAUCCAAUCAAAAAUCGCAAAAUAUAGAAUAAAGGGAAAUUUUCCGGUGGCUUUAAAAGAUCCCAUGGCCAAAGCUUUUAUAUUCUUUUGUGGGGUUAUAGAUUUUAGUUGGAUGUAAAAUUAGAUGAAGAAACUUAUAUAGGAAGAGAAACAAAGAAGGUGAAACGAAAUCACGAAGAACUGAAUAGAAAACAUAAUUAAAUGUUUUAAGAGUGGAUUGAUAAUGGCGAAUUGCAUAACGUUGAAACGACGAAACGGUGAAAGCUAAGGCGAAGAGUCGGAAACGAUUUGCGAUGAGAGAUGGGCUUGAAAUGGUCCAAUUCAAAGCCCACAUGAAUGGCCCGAUUAUAAGAUGUAUCGAAUGAAGGAUGAAAUGACAUGGCAAUUUGAAACAUUCUGAUUGGAUUAUUGUUUCAGCUGACGUGGACAGCUUUAGAGGGUUUGAUAUCUUGCUCUUAGUAUUGUUAGAUUAUGAUUGGUUUUACUUUAGUAUUUAAUAAAAUACAUAAAAUAAAUUAAAAUAUAAAUAAUUUAGUUUGCAAACAAUCUUAAUUUAAUUUGAAUAAAGAAACCUAGUUUAAAUAAAAGAACAACCAUUACAAUGUGGCGUGAACCUUCUCAAAUAGUAUAUGUUCUUUCCAUUUCCUUUGUUACAACUUAUAUCCCUCAAAGAGUGCUAAGAAACCUUUUGGUUAUCAGUCUCUUUCUUUCGUGAUACUCAUUAUUGCUCGCCAAUUGUAUCUAUCUCGAAAAUGGUCAAUUAUAUACAUAGAUUUUCUGCUUUGACCAAAAAAUAAAAACACAUAGAUUUUCUGCUAUUAGUUAAGUUUAUUUAUUGUAAGUUUCUUGUAUAGAUUACUUAUAUGAUACGUAAAAAUAUCUUGUUUUCUGACUUUUUUGUAUUUUUGCAAAAACUCUUAAACAUAUCUUAUAUUCCCUCCUUUUUUAACAGAUAUCGUUCAAGAUUUAUACAUACACUAAAAAAAUAUUUGACUAUGUUUAUUUUCUAAAUAAAAACAUCAUUAAUUAUUUAUCUAAAUAUAAACUAACCUAUAGAAAAAUAGUUUGCAGAAUAUAAGUAGUUAUAUAAUAUAAAAACUGAUAAACUUCACAUUGAAAACUCAAAAGAUCAUGUAAUUUGAAACAAAAAUUUCUCUAAAAUAUCACGUCGGAGGGAGAUAUCAAUAACUCUUAUGAUGCACUAGUAAAACAUGUAUGAACACAUAUACUCACACACAUUGCAUUUUUUCCUAGUAAACCACAACUAAAUCAAUGUCUUAUAUAUCUUAAUAAAUCACUAAUAAAUCCCUAGUAAAGUAAAUUAUUCAAGAGUUUUGUCGAUUCCGAAAAAUAGGGACUACAUAUUAAUGUUUAACUACUUUUUUCUUCACAUUUUGUACUUUCUUCAACCAAAGAAUUUCAACAUUUUUAUAUACUUAAAGAUGACAAAUCUUGUGAAGAUUUUCUUAUGGAAAAAAUUAUCUUCCUCACCAAUGAAACUGCGCGUGAACUUACACGCUCACACAUAUUCUCUUUCAUAAUAAACACCUGCAAGUUACAGUUGCUUUGCCUUUAACUGCCAUUAUACUCUAAAUGCCUCCUAGAUCUUUUUAAUGUUUAUAUGACUUAACUCAUUUAAUCAUAUCUUCAUUAUUCUCUAGUUUUCAUAUACAUCCAAGAGUUAAGAGUAAGAGAGCCUUGGUUUUUGACAAAGCUUGGCCUAAGGUUUAUUGUGUGAAGAUAGAUCUUCAGAUUUUAUUAAUACACAAUCUCUGAAACGUUUUUAUCAUAAUCUCAGUCUCUUAAAAACAAAAUGUAUCACUUCUUCAGUUUCCACGCCCCAAUAAUCUAUAUAAGAACCCCUCCACAACUAUACCAAAGAGCAUAACAACAACAACACCAAAACUAAGAAGAGCUCUUGAGAGAAAUGGAUAACUCGAAUGUGCUCGUUAGGGGAAACCAUCAAGUGAAUGAAGAGAAGCCUCCUCCGCGAGUGUGUCCAAGGUGUAGCUCAGACAACACCAAGUUCUGUUUCUACGACAACUAUAGCGUGUCUCAACCUCGCUACAACUGCAGGAGCUGUCGCCGAUUCUGGACUCAUGAUGGAGUUUUAAGGAACAUACCAAUUGGUGGAAGGGCCCGCAAAGUCAAGCAUACAAGGAUAGAUCAGCCAUCUGUUUCUCAGGUGGUUUCUGUUGUCGAACAGGUUAAUAAUCAUCAACCUUUCUCACAUGCUCAAGAAACCAACGAGUUUCUUGGAACUUUUGGUGGUUCUUCUUCUUCUGUUGCUGCUGUUGGGAACCAUUUCAGUUAUUCGACUGAAACUCAUAGUGUGAUGGUGCCUCCAAUUCGAAGCAUUCCACCAAUGGCUCACUUUGAUGGAUCUUUUAACCAAGGUUAUCACGGUGCUGGAUUCAAUGAUUUGGUUGGUAAUCCUUUGAUGAACCAAUCGUUUGGUGGACAUGUUGGUAAUUAUAACAGUUACUUCGUGAAUCAAGAGGAUCCAAACAUGCGAAACCAGAGCUUCAACAGCAGCAUGAACAUGAAUCAUAGUGCCAGCACUAGUGGAAGCAGAGAAUAUCCAGGCAUUGACCACAUGAUCAACAACAACAACAACAACUAUGUGUUUCGAUCCUCCUAUCAUUUGGAGAAGCAUGGUCCUUGAAUCAUCACGUUUUACCCGUUUUCUUUUAAGCUAAUAAUGUUUCAGCUUUUCGUUUCUUUUGUUGGGUCUUCUUAUUUAUGUUCUAAGAGUUUGCAUCUUUGUAUCAGGGAUAAGUUACUUGUCCUGUCUUUAUAUAAUAUUACUAAUUUAUAAUCACCAGUUUGUUGUGUGUUU